GCGGUUUUGGUGGCUGGGUGGGUCUCGCGACACUCAUAGCUCUCGUGGCGCGCGGUAGGAAGCUUGGCGCGUGAGUUUGUGUGAGUGGAGCGGCCUCCGGAGCUUUCGCGCCAGCCAGCCAGCCAUGCCGGCCCGCAACACCCCGAGCAGCGGCGGGCACCUGGGGGCAGAGAUGGGUGAACAAGCAGAAGCAGCCGUGAUUACACCAUCCAUGCUGGAAGAGGAGGAGCAGCUGGAGGCAGCAGGGAUGGAGAAGGAGAGGCAAAUGCUGGAAAAGGCUCGCAUGUCCUGGGACAGAGACUCCAGUGAAAUGCGCUACAAGAGGCUUCAACACUUGCUUGAAAAAAGCAACAUAUAUUCAAAAUUCUUGCUGACCAAAAUGGAACAGCAGCAACUGGAGGAGCAGAAAAGGAAAGAGAAAUUAGAAAAAAAGAAAGAAAUGUUAUUAAAAGCGGCAACGAGUCAGAAUCUAACUGAUGAAAAAGAGGAGAAAUCUGUUGUGAAGAAAAAAAGAGGAAGAGAAGAUGAAACCUAUUACAUUUCAGAAGUCAUGUCCAAAGAGGAAAUCUUGUCAGUGGCCAAAAAAAGCAAAGUAGAAAAUCAGGAUGAAAGCUCUUCUAACAAACUGGGUGCAGAAGACCUACAGAAAAAUGGAGAUUCUAAUAGCGUCAUUAAAGAUAGGUUGUCACAAGCUGUACGACAUAAUGCCAAGCACUUCCUUGAUCCAGUACGGAAAUUUAAUGGGCAGCCAAUACCCUUUCAACAGCCAAAGCUUUUUUCAGGAGGUGUUAUGAGGUGGUACCAAGUUGAAGGCAUGGAAUGGCUCAGGAUGCUUUGGGAAAAUGGCAUUAAUGGCAUUUUGGCAGAUGAAAUGGGACUGGGAAAGACAAUCCAAUGUAUUGCUACAAUAGCACUGAUGGUAGAGAGAGGAGUCCCUGGACCAUUCUUAGUAUGUGGUCCCUUGUCUACUCUUCCUAACUGGAUGUCCGAGUUCAAGAGAUUCACUCCAGAGAUUCCCAUAAUGCUGUACCAUGGAGCCCAGCAGGAACGUCGUAAAUUGGUUCAAAAAAUUCACAGGCGAGAAGGUUCACUGCAAAUUCAUCCUGUGGUCGUUACUUCGUUUGAAAUAGCCAUGAGAGACAGAAAUGCCUUGCAGCAUUGCUUCUGGAAGUAUCUGAUAGUGGAUGAAGGACAUAGGAUUAAGAACAUGAACUGUCGUCUUAUCAGGGAAUUAAAACGGUUUAAUGCUGACAAUAAACUUCUGUUAACUGGCACUCCCUUGCAAAACAACUUGGCAGAACUCUGGUCACUACUUAACUUCCUGCUGCCAGAUGUAUUUGAUGACUUGAAAAGCUUUGAGUCCUGGUUUGACAUUACAAGCAUUACAGAAAUUGCUGAAGAUAUUGUUGCUAAAGAAAGGGAGCAGAACAUCUUACACAUGUUGCACCAGAUUUUGACACCUUUCUUAUUGAGAAGACUGAAAUCUGAUGUAGCUCUUGAGGUUCCUCCUAAACGAGAAGUUGUGGUCUAUGCACCACUAGCAAAGAAACAAGAAACCUUCUAUACUGCUAUUGUAAAUCGGACCAUUAAAAAGCUGCUCGGAAACAAUGAGGAAGAAGUAGUGGAGUUGAGUCCUACAGGACGACCAAAGCGUCGGAGUCGAAAAGCAGUUGAUUACCGUGAACGAGAUGGUGAUACGCCUGAUGAGCUGGAAAAACUGAUCAGCAAAAUGCAAGAAGAAGUAGAAAAAGAGAGGCCAGUGAUAGAAAUGACCAUUCCUACGGAUUCAGAAAUCAACCUUAAACUGCAGAAUAUUAUGAUGUUACUGAGGAAAUGUUGUAACCACCCAUAUCUCAUUGAAUAUCCACUGGACCCUGCCACGCAGCAAUUUAAGGUUGAUGAAGAUCUAGUGAAGAAUUCAGGCAAAUUUCUACUUUUGGACCGGAUGCUGCCAGAACUGAAAAAGAGAGGACACAAGGUGUUGCUGUUCUCACAAAUGACACUGAUGUUGGACAUUUUGAUGGAUUAUUGCUAUCUGCGGAAUUACAAAUUUAGUCGUUUGGAUGGAUCUAUGUCCUAUACAGAGAGAGAAGAAAAUAUGCAUAAAUUUAAUACAGAUCCUGAAGUUUUCAUAUUUUUAGUGAGUACACGGGCUGGAGGUCUGGGCAUUAAUUUGACUGCAGCAGACACAGUCAUCAUCUAUGAUAGUGACUGGAACCCCCAGUCUGACCUUCAGGCCCAAGAUAGAUGUCACAGAAUUGGUCAGACAAAGCCAGUUGUUGUUUAUCGCCUUGUGACAGCAAAUACUGUUGACCAGAAGAUUGUGGAGAGAGCUGCUGCCAAAAGGAAGCUAGAGAAGUUGAUUAUUCAUAAAAAUCAGUUUAAAGGUGGUAAAUCUGGGUUAAUCCAAACAAAGCGUUGCUUGGAUCCUAAGGAAUUAAUGGAAUUACUGAAAUCCAGGGACUAUGAAAGAGAGGUUAAAGGAUCCAGAGAGAAAGUAAUCAGUGACAAAGAUCUAGAGUUACUGCUGGAUAGAAGUGACCUUAUUGACCAAAUGAAAAAGUCUGAAUCAGUUGAAAAAGAAAAAGUGGGAGUGUUCAAGGUCCUAGAAGAUUCUGAAGACUCCAAUUCAGAAUGUGUAUUUUGAAGUGUGAUUGGCUUCUAAAAGUGCAGCCCAAAUGUCUCGUGACUAGCAGCUGAUCUCGUAAGGCCAUCAUUUUACAUAUAGUGACACUUGAUUAUGCUGAUUUUUUUUUUCCUCAAAGCCUGGUUCAAAUCUUUUUUCUUUUCAGUGAGUUGUAACAUGUCAGGUAGCAUACUUCAUGAUGUAGCAUACCUAAAAAUUUCAUACUUGGGAACCUCACAUGAACAAUUAAGAAAAUGAACAUGUUUCAGGUGUUUAGGUAGCAUGUGUGAUCCAGUGACAAACACUGCCAGGUUUGUACAAAAUCUUCCUGUGGAAGUCUUGCAAAAACAAUUUUUUUUCUCUCUAAUUUGACCUAAUGUGUCAUUAUGAUUUUAUUGGGAAUGGGAAGACUGUCUAGUACAUUUGUUUACAACCAAUCGUGUAACUUCAGUUUUAAAUUUUGCAAAAUAUUUUGCUAAUAAAUUUUGUCCAUUU